AUGGAUGAUGCUGGGGAGGACCCCACCACGUUCACUGCCCGCUCUCUGCCCAGCGACCCUCGCCUCUGGCCCCCCAUGACCAAUACAUACCUUGGCGCACAAGUGUACCAUGAAGUGCUGCACGUGAGCGGUGUGUACAACGGUGCUGGGGGGGACACGCACCGGGCCACUCUGCCCUGCCCCCUCAAUGUGCGGCUGGAGGCCUCUGCAGAGCUGGGAGAGCAGGGAACCGAGACCUUCACUCUGGACACCAACACAGGCUCCUUUCUGCACACCCUGGAGUGCACCAGCUUCCGGGCCUCCCAGCGCAUCUAUGCCCACCGCACGCUGGCCCAGGUCCUGGUCUUCAGCGUAUCCAUUGCUCGCAUGGCCGCAGGGAGCCAGCCCAUCACGGUGCAGCUGCAGGCAGACUUCUCCCCAGAAAGCCCAGACCUGGACCUGCACCUGGGCCCAGACUUCCAGGGAGCUCGGUACCUGUAUGGCCGCACGCUCACCCCCGAGGAGCCCGGGGGGCCCCGGCAGGAGGUGCACAUGCUGUGGGUACCUGCACCCGCGGCCCUGACCCUCGGCGGAGGCGAGGAGGACGCAGCCUGGGAGUUCCCAAUCGCGGUGGGCGGCAGCCAGGCGGAGGCCCGGGCCUGGCUCCGCGAGGCGCUACGGCUACGAGACCGCGGCGUGCUCUAUGCGACCCACGCCCGGGCCUGGGCCGGGUUCUGGGCUGGCUGCGGCCUGGACGUGGCGGGGCCCCUGCGGCUGCGCCAGGCCCUGCGUGGCGCACUAUACUACCUGUUCAGCGCGCUGCCCCAGCCUGGGACCCCAGACUAUGUGUGCCACGGCCUCAGCCCCGGCGGCUUGUCCAACGGCAGCCGUGGCGAAUGCUACUGGGGCCACGUCUUCUGGGACCAGGAUCUCUGGAUGUUCCCCAACAUCCUGAUGUUCCAUCCGGAGGCUGCCCGGGCCAUUCUGGAGUACCGCAUCCGCACGCUGGGUGGGGCCCUGGACAAUGCGCACAAGCUGGGCUAUCAGGGAGCCAAAUUCGCCUGGGAGAGCGCCAGCUCUGGCCUGGAGGUCUGCCCCGAGGACAUUUACGGGGUCCAAGAGCUGCACAUCAAUGGGGCAGUAGUGCUGGCCUUUGAGCUGUACUACUACUCCACCCAGGACUUGCAGCUCUUCCGAGACGCCGGGGGCUGGGACCUCAUCAGUGCAGUGGCCGAGUUCUGGUGCAGCCGUGUGGAAUGGAGCCCUGGGGAAGAGAACUACCACCUAAGGGGGGUCAUGCCCCCCGAUGAGUUCCACUCGGGUGUCAGCAACUCAGUGUACACCAACGUCCUGGUCCAGAACAGCCUGCGCUUUGCCAGUGCCCUGGCCAAGGACCUGGGUCUGCCGGUCCCCGACCAGUGGCUGGAGGUAGCUGAUAAGAUCAAGGUGCCCUUUGACCCAGAACGCAACUUCCACCCUGAGUUUGAUGGGUAUAAGCUUGGGGAAGAGGUGAAGCAGGCCGAUGUCAUCCUCCUGGGCUAUCCCGUCCCCUACCCCCUGAGUCCUAGCAUUCGGAGAAGGAACCUUGAGCUGUAUGAGGCUGUGACGACCCCCCAGGGCCCUGCCAUGACUUGGAGUAUGUUUGCCGUGGGCUGGAUGGAGCUGAAGGAGCCGGGGCGGGUGCAGGGCCUCCUGGACAGAACCUUUGCCAACAUCACUGAGCCCUUCAAGGUGUGGACAGAGAAUGCAGACGGGUCAGGAGCUGUGAACUUCCUGACAGGCAUGGGGGGCUUCCUGCAGGCGGCCCUCUUUGGGUUCACGGGGUUCAGGAUCACCAGGGCGGGCCUAACCUUUGACCCCCUGUGUCCGGAUGGGGUCUCUGGUGUUUUUGUCUCCGGCCUCUCCUACCAGGGGAGCAAGCUCAACUUCUCCUUCUCCGAGGACUCUGUGACGGUCCAGGUCACGGCCCGUGCUGGACCCUGGGCACCCCUGCUGGAGGUCGAGCUGAGGCCAUCACAGGCUCGGCUCCCUCUGCCCAUAGGACGUAAAGUCUCCUUUCCCCAAUCUGCCGGCUGGAUACAAAGGUCCCCCCUGUAG